GCUCAAGGCCGUCUUUAAAUCGAAUGUCGACAUGGUUAUACUAUUUAUCUCGCUGGCUCCGUUCACUGGAAUAUCCUUACAUAAAUGUACUAUCUCGUCAUAUAAUGAUAUUAUUUUCUCGUUAAAUUCCUCCAAAACGGGUAAAUCUUUCCCGCUUAUAAUCCCUGAAGUAAUUUUAGCGUCAAUAUCUAAUAAACUCGUAGUACAGUGGAAAUGUAUACCAAUAAAUUUUAUCAAUUUCAAAAUAAAUUUUGCCACUACAUGUCCGUGUAAUGUUGCUUAAAAUGCAUGUUAUUUAAAAAUCCAUUUUAUAUAAAUAAUUAUAGUUUUAGUCUUAGUUAAGUAAGUAUAUUGCUGUAUACCCUAACAGGGUUCAUGUGAUCUUUUGCUGUAAAUAGCCUAUUUAAGACCUUGUGUAACACAUGAUUACAAAUGCAAUAAAUGAAUUAUGAAUUAUGAAACUGGAUAAGUGGAACCUGGGAAUAAUGGCGAUCCCUUUCUACACUGCCUAACUUCCGCGUGCAACAAUAUAAAAUGCCCAAUCUUCUGUAUUGGUAUCACAUUACAAGUAUCCCUUGAUAUAAGACGGACAGCAACAGAUCCAUCAAUACCAUCAUGUCUUUCAAAGUUUUGGUAUUCGCCUUCACUCUGGUGGCCGCAGCCAUCGGCAGCAAGCCUGACAAGCGCAGUCUGCCCUGGGACCUCACCCCGGUCAACGCCAUCGGAGCUCCUUGGAGGCCCGUGGUCCUUUCUCAUGACUCGAGCACAGACGUAGCUGGCGCGGUGGCGGCAGCGAAGGCAGCGGCAGCCGCGGUGAUGGCCGCUCAGCACCAAGUCGCCGCUGCGAAGCACGCCGCCCUCGAGCAGCAGAGCGUCGCCAGCGCUAAGGAGGCUGCAGCCGCACAUGCCGCUCAUAAAAGCGAGGAAGCAGCCAGGCACGCCCGUGCGCACGCGCUCGAAGCGGCGCAGGCAGCGGUGCACGCGCAAGCUCAGUUAGCGGCAGCAAAGGCGCGCGCUGCGGCCGCUCAGAAGAUCGCAGCGGCCCGCGAGGCGGCGGCUGCCCGCGCCAUACAGCAAGCGGCGCAUAACCAGGCUGCCAGGCUGCAUAACGCUGACCUUGAAUCUGUGAAGCUGUCAGUACUGUCAAGUUCAGGGGCCGCGGGCGCUGCCGGCGCGGCGCACCACGCCGCCUCGGCCGCCGCGGCCGCCCUGCAGCCCUCCUGGGCGCCCUGGGCCUGGCCCGCGCCCACCUGGACCCCGCCGCAUGGAGCUUGGGCUUGGUCUUGAACAAAUGAGCGUUAGAACUAAGGCUGCGGUUUCCGAUUGUCACUUUAUUGGAGACAAAAGCCUACAGCCUCGUUUCCGUGCAUGUAUUAGGUAUACAUACAUAUGCAAUUUAAAAAAAAAUAGAUGUUAAAUAAGAAAUAUUUUAAUGCUCACAUUUAAUGUUAUUAUUGGUUCUUUUGAUAAUAAUGUGUGCGAGAACGAGACUUACGAGACCAAAAUAACAAACGAACUUGGAACAUAGCUAAGUGCUAAAAGUUAGUACCUAAUUAGUAAAUAUGCAAGAGUACUUAUAAUUUCAUAAUGUUUGUUAAAUAAAUAAUGAAUUAACGACUAUAUUGCAUUUUUAAAAGUAGGUUUUUUUCUACAUAUUAUUUACCUACCAUAUUGCUUAUGUAACAGGGAAAAUACUUACUAAUUAUUAAAUAACCCUACUUUUAUCAAGAUAUUUUUGGUCCUUCGAACCGGAUAAUACUAUAUAUGUGUCUUUCCGCUAUUAAGAAGUUGUUACAUGAUUAUUAGAUUUGUCGUAAUGUUAAAUAAGUUUACUACCUGCUU